GUCCUAAACCCCCGCUACAAGCGCGAGUAUUUCCACCUUCGCGAAUGGCCUACAGAGUGGGUGAACGAGGCGGUCAAGAUCGCGCGGGAUGAGUGGCAGACGUACUACAAGCCCAAGCCGGCUGCGCAUCCUCCCGCACCUCGUCCGGCUGGUCGACGAAGCGCACAGGGCUCUAGGAUCUUUGCCUCAAUCUCCAGGGCAGGGCGCGCGGGGGCGAACAUCGACGCGUUCGAAGCGUACCUCGAGGAACCCCCUUCCUCGAGUGUGGAUGACCCGCUGGCGCACUGGGAGAUUGUGCUUGCGUCUGCAUCGGCCACCGACUCGCCGCGCGCUGUCGAGCGACAAGCCCUCGCGCGCAUGGCAUUGGACUUCCUAUCCAUCCCAGCCGCUUCAACCGAUGCCGAGCGGGCAUUCUCGCGUGGCGGACUCACCGUAUCCAAGUACCGCCAUAGCCUUACCGACGAGUCCAUCCGCGCGAGCACGCUGCUGGGUUCAUGGGCGAACAUCCCUGAGCUCGUCCCCGAAGGUGACGCCAUUGCGAAGCUUAAAUCCAUCAGCCGCAAGAAGGAGCCCACCUCUGAGCCCUCCGCGACUGCCUCGGGGUCGGCUGGUCCGCAGGACCCUGUUCCUGCUGACGCGCGCAAGGCGACCACUGUGGAGAAGGGCAAGGGCAAAGCGACCGCCACGGAGAAGGGCAAGGGCAAGGCGUCAGCGCCCGCCGGUAAAGGUAUGCAUAAGUCCGGUUCGUCCACGCACGGCAAGGGUGGCCGCCAGGUGGAAGUGAUCGAGCUAGAGUAG